AUGUGCACGGGGCGCUGCUCACGGCUCGUGGGGCUGGCGCUGGUGCCCAUGGCGCUGGGCUGCAUCGUGGCCAACGUCCUGCUGAUGUUCCCCAACGGGGAGUCGGGCUGGACCGAGCACCUCACCCUGCAGGUCUGGCUGAUGGGCGGCCUGGCCGGCGGGGGGCUCAUGGUUCUCUGCCCCGGGCUCUCAGCCAUCCGCGCCGGGGGGAAGGGCUGCUGCGGAGUCGGAUGCUGCGGGAACCGGUGCCGGAUGCUGCGCUCUGUGUUCUGCUCACUAUGGGGCGUCCUGGGGGGGUUUUACUGCCUGGUCGUGUCCGCCACCGGCCUGGCCAAGGGGCCCCUCUGCCAGGAUGCUGAGGGGACAUGGGGGUCGCCCUUCCAGGACAUCAGCGAGAACUACCUGGCGAACCGGACGCUGUGGGAGCUGUGCGUGAUGCCGCCACGGGCGGUGCUGUGGCACGUGGUCCUGUUCUCCGUCACCCUGGGGCUGGGGGCCCUGGAGCUGGCCCUGUGCGCCCUGCAGGUGCUCAACGGGCUGCUGGGCACCAUGUGCGGGGACUGCCGCAAGCCGGCCGAGCGCCAGGGCGAAGGUCUCUGA